GAAAACAUGUGUGUCAACUCGGAUCAAGGUCCGAGCAAGUAGCUGCCAGCCGGCCAAUAGCUGCAGACUGCUGUCCCGUACACUAUAUAGUCGGAGUAGAUGUCCUGCUGAUCACUAUCAGUCGCUGUAAGUGCAGGUUUCUCCAAGUCAAUCUGAAGAAGUUCUCUGUUUACUAUCUGCUUUACUUCAGUGCGCGCAGGGCGCGGUGAGCUGCAGCUGCACAAUGAUCCCCAAGAUUGCCUUGUGCGCCCAGUUUCUUCGUCGGAACAACCGUGUUUUUACCAGAUCUUUAAAGGUUUUACAGAGACAAUGGACACGUCAUCCAGGAUUACCUGCAGCGAGUCGUGGUAUUCAUGUGGACUCUCCGCCCAUCAUCCCGACUCUCACUACCAGCUACGCCCACGGCACGUCUUCCACAUCUCUGCGCCACGCAACAGUAGGAGAGGCUCUGCUGAAGGCUGUGGAGCGCUCGCCUGACAGAGAGGCCGUGGCCUUUCUACAAGACGGAGUCCGCAAGACCUUUGCACAGCUUCAGCAGGAUGUGGAUCAAGCUGCAGCCGGGCUGUUGGCAAUCGGACUGCAAAAAGGAGACCGGCUCGGCAUGUGGGGGCCAAACACUUAUGAAUGGAUCCUGUUCCAGUUUGCCACAGCCAAAGCCGGCAUUAUAUUGGUAUCCGUGAACCCGGCGUACCAGCUGCAGGAGGUGGAGUUUGCAUUGCGGAAGGUUGGGUGUAAAGCCAUAGUGUGCCCGACACAGUUUAAGACUCAGAAGUACUGUGACAUGCUGAGACAGAUCUGUCCGGAGAUCGAGACUUCCACCCCAGGAGACAUCAGGAGUGCACGGCUCCCAGACCUCCGCUCUGUGAUUGUCAUUGAUAGUCGACAACCAGGAAUGUUCCAUCUUGAGGAUGUGAUGCAGGCAGGAAGCAGCCAGUACAUACAGCAGCUUCAGGAUCUGCAGAAGAAGAUCUCCUUUGACGACCCCAUAAACAUCCAGUUCACUUCGGGCACAACUGGGGCUCCAAAGGGUGCCACCUUGUCUCAUCACAACAUCAUCAACAAUGCCUACUUUGUUGGCAGUAGAAUGGGAUACACAUGGAGGCCUGACCUUCGUAUCUGCCUGCCUGUGCCUAUGUACCACUGCUUCGGCUCUGUGGGUGGUGGGAUGUGUGUUGCCGUGCACGGCAUCUCCAUUGUAUUUCCCUCUUCAGGGUACGAUGGAAAGGCCACUUUAGCAGCUCUGGAGAGUGAAAGGUGCACCUACAUCUACGGCACCCCCACCAUGUAUGUUGACUGGAUCAACCAGCCAGACUUGGCUAAAUAUGACUUGUCGUCAGUUCGCUCAGGCAUCAUGGCUGGUUCCCCUUGUCCUCCAGAAGUUGUGAAGAAGGUCAUUACUAUGAUGGGCGUCAAAGAAAUAACAAUUGGAUACGGCACUACGGAGAACAGCCCCGUGACGUUCUGCGGCUCGCCGUCAGACAACCUGGACAGGAAGUGUGACACCGUCGGCUACAUCAUGGACCACAUAGAGGCUAAAAUCGUGAACCCUUCAACAGGAGAGAUCGUGCCUCUGGGGAUGCUGGGGGAGAUUAUGAUCAGGGGCUACUGCGUGAUGUUGGAGUACUGGGGGGACGAAGCCAAGACACGAGAGUGCAUCACUAAAGAAGGAUGGUACAAAACUGGAGACAUUGGCAGCUUGGAUGUGCACAGCUACCUCCGAAUCGAGGGCAGGAUCAAAGACAUGAUCAUCAGAGGAGGAGAGAACAUUUACCCAGCGGAGAUCGAACAGUUUCUGCACACGCACCCCAAAAUCAAGGAGGCACAGGUGGUCGGAGUUGCGGACCCCCGCAUGGGUGAAGAAGUCUGUGCCUGUAUCAAACUAGUAGACGGAGAGGACUGCACUGAAGAAGAAAUCAAAGCUUACUGCAAAGGACAGAUCGCUCACUUCAAGAUUCCUCGCUACGUACUCUUUGUGACCAGCUACCCGCUCACCAUUACUGGAAAGAUCCAGAAGAACAAACUACGCGCGGAAGCUGAGAAGCUGCUCGAACUGAGGAAGAAAAAAUGAGGACCAGCUCAUGUAUAGAGAAUUCAACUACUGUGUAUCAUUUACCACAAACUUCAAUUGUCCAUAUGUUUAGGCAAGUUACUGAGCCUUUUGUAAAUUACAUAUUGACAAUUAUAUACUGACAAUAUAUUAUAUAUAAUUUGUGACCCAUUUUUAAGAAUUCUAUCUUCAGUAAGAACCAAUGGGUUUAGGGUUGAGUGACAAACGUUAGGAAAGUUGUAAAGUAUUUCGAGAUGGACUAACCGAUUCUUUGGUUUGGUCUUUUCAAGGGAUUUGACAAUAACAAAAAUAAAGACUAACAGUCUUAUAUUUAACAUCAUUCUCUGUAAUAAUAGAGGUGUAAUAGGAAAUGUGAACAUGCAGUAUACUGAAAAUAAGCGCAGAAAUAGUUGGUGCUCAGUGCUCCACUGUUCUUUUUCAUUCUGCAAAAAGCUAUUCAAAUAUUUUUACAUCAACUUGAAAUAAACUUUGUACUACAUUAUUAAAACCA